UUUAGGUUCAGCAACCAGGCCAACCAGCUUUUGAAAGACUCUGGUGAAAUUGUCUUGGACUAUGGUUUGACGUUGAAGCAGAGUAUCUUUGCGUUAAAAGAUGGCCAAAUUAUAAAAAAAAAUGGAACUGAGGAGGUGUCAUUUUUUUGCAAAGCCAUCAUCCAUCAUGAAGGUGAUUUGAGCAAAGGACACUAUAUUUGUCAAAGUCUAAUGCAAGAUGGUACGAUCAAUAUUUACAACGAUUCGAAAGUGUCCUCCUUCACUGUACUGGAUGGUGACAGCCAGAAAAGUGACACAGGUUACAUAUUAUUUUAUGAGAGAACCACUUCUGAUUCUGAUACUUCUUUUGAACACUUUCAAUCAUCAUGUAAUAGAACACCAAUGAACAACCCUCGAACCGUCGAGAAUCAAAACCUUUCGCCUCAGAUGCUGCAGUCAUGGACACCAUCUUCAUCACCAAGGCUACCAGUUAGAAGUUCUCCUCGUACACCACUUCGCCCAUUGAACUCGGAUUCCAGCUGUGGUCUGAUAGGAGAAAACUGUCAGGCUUCACCACAAUUUCAGCAAGAAACGCCUUCAUCACCCUAUCUGCCAGCCAGAGGCCCAAGAACAAGAAAGCUGCAAAUUUCUUCGCAAGCAGACAAUUAUCGAUUUUUGAAUGAUAACUCUGAGCUGGAGCCUGCAACUUCUCCAGGGUCUCCAUACAAACCAAGAAAAAAAAUUCAGAGACUGAAUAGUUCCAGCUUUGGUGGAUCUACAGCAUACAAUCUGCUUCAAGGGUGCCCUUCGUCCAAGAAGAAUCUCAAGGCAGAAGUGGUGAAACAAUAUGUUUUGCCUCAUCUGCCUUUAAAUCGGUCGAAGCCUUUUGGUCGGAAACCAACAGACGAACAACAUAGACAAUCAUUACCGCAGCAUCAACAAACACCAUCUCAACAAGAACUACCACCUCCACCACCUACGUACCCACCUCAGACUUUGCCGCAAGUAACCACUACUCUGCAGCAACCACAGCCACCGCAUGAACAACAGGUAGCACCGCCAUCCGAGAACGAUACACCUACGACACCACCACAAGAACAACCUCGUCCAACACCACCUCAACAGCCACAAGUACGACAAAUACUACCACCUCCACCACGAUCCGGACAUGCGUGCCCACCUCGGACUUUGCCGCAAGUAACCGCUACCCUGCAGCAACCACAGCCACCGCAUGAACAACAGGUAGCACCGCCAUUCGAGAACGAUACACCUACGACACCACCACAAGAACAACCUCGUCCAACACCACCUCAACAGCCACAAGUACGACAAAUACUACCACCUCCACCACGAUCCGGACAUGCGUACCCACCUCGGACUUUGCCGCAAGUAACCGCUACCCUGCAGCAACCACAGCCACCACAUGAACAACAGGUAGCAGCAUCUGAGAACGAGCAAACUCCAACACAACCGCCUCUAUCACCGCCUCAACAACCACAAGUAGCAUCACCUCAACAAGAAUCACCAUCACCACCACGUCAUGCACAAGAACAGCAACCUCCACGUCAAAAACAACUACCAGCAAAUCCAUCCAAGAAAACACUAUUUGAAAAGCUUGACAGAAAGAGUUUGAUUGCAUUUGCAAAGAAGAAGAACAAAGAGGUCAAGAGGUUGAAAAAGAUGAGGCUUAAAAGAAAAGCCACCAACCCUGCUUCGAAGGAAGCUGCCAUACUCUAUUUACGAAAACACCUGCCUACAAAAUGCGUCGAUUUUAUUGAUCGACAAAUCAAGCUUCAGAAAGUGAAGCCACAAGGUCGAAGAUAUGAUCGACAAGACCUUAUACUCACCAUGGGUCUUCAGAAAGGGGGACGAAGAGCAAGAGCGGCUGUCAGUGACAUGUUCAUUCUUCCAUCAAAAAAAACUCUUCUUCGUUUCACGCAAGGGCUAAGCAUCGAACCAGGAAUAAUUGAGCCUAUAUUGGAGGGUGUUGGAGAUUUUACAUCAGAUUUAGAGGAUGAAAGGGACUGUUACGCAGUUCUCUUGUGGGAUGAAUUAUCCAUUGAUGAGUUUUUGAUGUGGUCCUCAAAGUGGAAAAAAUUUCAAGGAUUUAGCGAUUAUGGGCCAGGAGAGGAGACCACCAAAGAAUUGGCGGAUCACGCACUUAUUUUUUUCGUUGUUCUGCUCAGAAACAAGAAGGUCAAGUUCCCAGUCUCUUACUAUUUUUCUACAGGAACCACGCCUUCAUCAGUCUUAGCAAAUUUGAUUGAAAAAAAUAUUAGGAGGUUGAAAACUUUCGGAGUAAAAAUAAAAUUUUGCACUUGCGACCAGGCGCCGACAAAUUUAAAGGCCCUGGAAAUAUUGAAGGCUUGCGCAAACAAACCUUAUUUUCUAAUAGAUGGGGAAGAAAUUUGCUGUGGCCCGGAUUUCGUGCAUAUAGGAAAAUGUAUAGUAAGCAUGUUCAGAAAGUAUGACCUGGAAAUUGGACCUGGACGAUAUGCCAAAAUUAAGCACGUAGAGGAACUUUUAAGUUUAAAAGGCAAGCUCAUCGGAACAACAUUAGCACCGAAACUAACGGCUGCGCAUAUUUAUGCAAGAGACAAACAGGCCAUGAAAGUGAAACUGGCAUUCCAGUUGGUCAGCUCCAGUGUUGCGGCUUCUCUCAAUACGUUAAUUGCGCAAGGUCUCCUCCCGUCUGAAGCGUGUCAUACCGUAGAAUUUAUACAAUUCAUGGACAACUUGGUCGACUCGUUUAAUGGAAGCUCGUAUUCGCAUGCAAAACCUUUGAAAGGCCGGCUGCAUGAAUCCUCUGCCCACUGGGAUUUUUGGAAUAAAGCUGAAUUAUUUGUGGGGAAAUGGAAGUUCAGAAAAAAAGAUGGGACAACAGUCUGGACGCCAUCCAUACACUCUCUUGUUUGGCUGAUUCGAUCAAUGAAACUAUUUUUUCCGAUGAUGCGUGCAAGAGGGUUUGAGUUUCUCUUAACAAGAAGAAUUCAGCAGGACCCUCUAGAGAAUUUCAACGGGGAAAUACGAGAGCAAUGUGGUAGCGGACAUUCCCCCACAGUUUUGACUUUCUGCGCUUGCUUGGUUGGAGCUUUUUUUAACCUUUUAAUGUAUCUAAAACUCCACAAUGAAAAGAAAAAUUGUGAGGACGAUGGAUUAAGCUGCCGUGAGCUGGCACCUUAUAUUUUUGAUGCAUUUUUUAGAAAGGUACAACAAAACCCCACCUUGCCUUUGGAGCCUGAACCAUGCGAAGACAGUACAUCUGAUGAGGAGUCUCAAGAUGCGGACGAUGAACUCAUUGACUUGCAGAGCCAAAGUGAUUCGUAUUUUGGAGGAGUCGCAUUGAAAAAGGUGGACAAUGUUUUGCAUUGUGCUAUGUGCAUUGAAUCUGCGACAUCCAGUGAAACACUGCCCAGCCAGGUCUAUACCAUGUUUAGAGAGUAUCGCGAUAAUCAGUCCAAACUGCUGUACGUUAGCGACAAUUUCGCAAACUUUGUUUGUUCAAAACUGAGGAGAAUUAAGUCAGAGCUCCAUACUAAACAGAGUAUGCCAAAAGAUGUAUUCAGACAUAUAUAUGACAAGGUUUUGAAUGAUGCUUCAUGUGAGUUUGGUUGUUCACGUCAUUCUGAACAAUUUCUUCAAAUAUUAUUUCAAUAUAUUUUUAAAUGUGCAGUGCAUUGGUACGCCAAAGAAACUUUGAGGAGUAAAAAGAAGUAUUCUAAAUAUUACAUUAUUUACUUUUAAUUUUUUCAAACGGAUACCUGUCUGGAAUUAAGAGAAUAUUUUUAAUCAUUAUUAUUUCUAUUAAAAAACACUUGCUAUGCGGCCAUACAUACGAAAUGUAACCCGUUAAUUUAUUUUUCCGCGUAUGACUGCCAAUAAAUAAUAUUUGUUUUGUGCGUUGACCGCUGGAGCAAGACCUUGUUGAGCAAGACCACACAUUAUUUUUAUUGUUGAUUUUUACCGCCGCAAAAGUACAAUCCACAAGCACGCCUUGAUUCUGAUUGGAUGAGAGCUCGAUCGCUGCGCCUCUAGCGGAUAAAGUAUUGUCAAA